UUCUCUCCUCGCUGUCUCGCCCGAUGGAGAGAGAGUGAGAGUUGGUCAUUUCUCCUCGCUGCCUCCUCCCUUCCAGAUCGCUGCCGCCACCUCCCUCCAGCGGAGCUCGCCGCUGUCCAUGGCAACGCCCAUGCCCUACUCCCCUCCCCCUCCCCUUCACCCACCCAACCAAACCAACCAGCCCACCCGGAACCCCUUCCUCCUCCAAGAAAAGCAAAUCCGUGCCCUCUCCCCUCGGAUCCAUGGCGCUGCUCAGCGCCGGCGCGGCCGCGGCGGCGUGGGUGGCCCGGCGGGCGCGCGUGGUCGCUCCGGCGCUGACGGCGGCGGUGUGGGCGUGCCAGAUGGUUGUGGGUCGCCCCAGGGAGAUCCGGCGUGCGCGGCAAGAUUCACCUCUUCCUCCCUCCACCUCAAGCACCAGAUCCACUCGGGCAGCAGCUCAGGCCACCGUAGUAUAGGAGGAACGGCAACCAGCGACGGGAUGAAGCUGCAGGAUCUACUGCAGGAUCCACCACAGCGACGGGAUGAAGCUGCAGGUAGUACAGGCCAUGGCGACCCACCACAGUCUUCAAGACAUCGACGGCUCUCUGCUGAAGGAUCUGCUCCGAGCCCCUCAAGCCGCCCAUCUUCAAGCAUUUGCAGAUCUUGAGGCAUGCAUGUGGCUGGAAGAAACACUUAGGAGAAGCACCCUGACGUCAAGUAGGUCUCCAAGAAGUGAAGAAGCAUUGAGUUCUAGCUCAUUGGAUCAAGUUAUACUCUGAUAGAUAGUUAUAUUUUGAUAUUUAGUUGUGUUCUUGGUGGCUGUAAACCUGAUGUGAAGUAUGUUCAAUUAUAAACAUGGUGUAUGUUUGAUUGUAAGGUGCCAAAUUUGGUUGUUCAAUUAUUACUUCUGU